AUGCGACCGCCACGCUUGAUUAUCGUGCUCUUCUGCCUAAUCUUCUUCCCGAUCCUCCUCACCAUCUUUUCCGCGCUCACUUCGCCUCGUGUGGCGACCCCCAAUACGCUCGCUGGUCGGACGACUCGGUUACAUUCUCUGUUUUCUUUCAAUAUACCAUCCUCGCUUUUCCCUCCGUCGGCCAUCAUCAGUCUCACCGAUGACAACUCGACCUUCUUCCUUGCUCGGCCAGCGGCAUUUGGUCCGCUCCUGCCGGUAAAGGGCUUGAGUGGUCAGUUGUGGGUAGGAAGUGGCUUUGGAGAGGGCGGACUUGCCGGUGGCGUGGAAGGAGAACUGGGCUGCUCCGAUAUUCCCGGUUGGGGCGAGGGCGCCAACCAAAAGAAACAGGACAAAGCCUCCAAGGGCACGGAUCAGAGUUCCGGCAAGCCCGGAGGUAGCACAGCGAAUGAUCAGUUGCCAAAUCGCCCGCAGCGGUCGGUGUCGCAGGCCGACACCACACCGCAGAACGAUAGAGAUGAUACCACUACCCCGCCGUCGAAUGAUGGCACCGACGACCACCUGCAUCAUCCACUACCCGAAUCCGGGGCUUCAAACCCCGGUAUGAGUCAGAAGUAUGGAGAUUAUGUUCAAAACAAGCCACCCGCGCAUGCCGAUAUCCAAUCGCUACAGGAGACUGCCGAGAUCCAGGGCAAAGUGGUCUUGUUGAGUCGAGGCGGCUGUGGAUUCCUGGAAAAGGUCAAAUGGGCGCAACGGCGAGGAGGAGUCGCUUUGAUCGUUGGCGAUGAUACUCGAGGUGGCAACCUGGUCACCAUGUAUGCGCGGGGCGAUACCUCAAAUGUCACGAUUCCAGCAUUGUUCACCUCCUACACCACCGCCCAUCUUCUAUCUUCAUUGAUUCCUGGACAUGCGGGAGGUACUGCUAGCCUGGGAGAUGUGUUGAAAUCAUCUCAAGCGAAUCAAGCAGGUCAGCUGGAUGCCGACAAAGAGCAAGUGGCCACUUCAACGACGGCUUCGGUUACACCAACCCCUAGCGCCAGUGUCCAUUCGACUGCCAAAGAGAGGCCUGCAGCACCAUCUCAUUCCAAAGGUGGUUUCUUCCGUGCACUUGGCUCGCUCCUGGGAUUGUGCGAUAAGAACGCCGGCUCAGGCCAUUUGGAGGACAGCCGACGUCCGCCCAGCAGUGGCAACAUUGACUGGAUUAACCUAGGCUCGUGGGACGAGAAAGAAACCCCACUAACCCCACAAAGCGCAUGGAAGAGGUCAACGGAUCUUAAUCGCCGCACUCGUGCCAAAUUGGACAACAAAUUGGAGAGUUCUAACAAGGCCGAUAUGUCACCUGAAAGCUUUGGCGAUGAUGACUUUGUCAUUGGAGUUCAAGAUUGGAGAGAUCCCGAUCUGAUGCCUCUUAAGAGCGGCACGCCUUCGACAGCGAGCACCUCUACGACAGGCAAGGACACAUCCAAGACUGCGAAUGCAGAAAAAGACGCUGCUUCGUCAUCCAACAUUCUUCAGGGUGGUAGCAUCACUCCCGGCAGCGGAGAAUAUCAAAGCAUCGACAAAUCCAGUAUUUCUCAUGACUCGGGCGUGAAGGCUUCUGGGAAACAAUCUGUUGGAGCCAAUGCAGAAAUUGGAUCUUCUGGUUCAUCGACCAAGGGCUGGUUCUCCAAUCACUUCAGCUGGGGAGAUGAGUCCAAAAAAGAGACAUUGCCCUCGUCAUCGCCUUCGCUUCAGAAAGGCACAGUAGCCAACCAGAAAGUUCAACCCGGCCCUCAAUCGUCAAGUCGCCCUAGCGCAGAGUUUUCUGAGCAUGAAGGUCUCUGGGUCACAUUGACUCCCACGAGCAUGUCCACCAGCCCCUUCUUCGAUACGCUAUUGGUACUUGUCGUUAGUCCGCUGCUUACACUAACCGUGGUGUACGCGCUAUUGCUUCUUCGGUCUCGGAUCCGACGCCGUCGAUGGCGUGCGCCAAAGUCGGUCAUUGAACGACUUCCUGUCCGGACUUAUCACACAAUCACCACAACUUCUUCGUCAUCAUCCAGUUCACCGCGUCCCUCUAGCCCUGGUGCUCUCUCGCCAACCUCUCCACUUCUUGGCAACGAAAUCCAGCCGAGCGCAUCUCGACCAAACAGAUCCCGUUCGCAAACAGUGUCGGGAACUAUGCUAGACUCGUCGGUGCUACCCAGGGAAGAGAAGUGCAGCCUACAAACCGGCUCCACGUUGUGGCGACGCAAGUACACCGGAAGGCAGGUUGAGUGUGUUGUCUGUCUUGAGGAAUAUAUCGAUGGCCAGAGCCGGGUCAUGAGCUUGCCGUGUGGCCAUGAAUUCCAUGUGGAGUGCAUCACGCCCUGGUUGACUACCCGUCGACGAACUUGCCCGAUCUGUAAAGGCGACGUUGUGCGUUCAAUGGCUCACUGUCAGACUCCUGACUCUCAGAGCUCCCAUGAACAAUCCAAUGAUUUCCAUUCCUCCGAGUCCAUUCCCCGGGCUGGCGCGUCCUCCGCUCCGGUAUUAAUCGAAGGCGUCACAGAUGAUGCUUCUGAUACCGAGCAAACUGCAGGUCUACUUGGUGAUCAUGCAAGCUCUGCGCCACAGUCAAGUUGGAGAAACCUAGCAACCCUUAGUUUCUCGGCCCUGAGUGGUGAUACGAUUUGGCACCAGGCUCGUGCGGACCGUAACCGCUAA